UAUGUUUUCUAUUUAUGCUUUUUGGUGCUGCAUUCAUUCAAAGCCUACAUUUGCGGCUUGUCUGAAAACCAUGUCUGCAAUGGAGGUCCCAGGACCAGAAAGCGAUUGGAGAAGCCCUGCAUUCCGACAGAAAGUUGUUGCACAAAUUGAAGAGGCGAUGAGAAAGGCUGGGACUGCACACACGAAGUCCAGCAAUGAUAUGGAGAAUCAUGUUUAUGUCAAAGCCAAAUCUAGAGAAGAAUACUUGUCCCUGGUAGCAAGGUUGAUCAUUCACUUCAGAGACAUUCAUAAAAAGGCACAAGGAGGAGGUCUGGAUCCCAUGAAUGCCCUAACAAAUCUCACAGGGGUUCCAGGGGUUCCAGGGGGCAUCGCCAUGGGGCCUAGGCCACCUGGUGCACCCAUGGGUGGCAUGGGGACCAUGGGGCAGAUGCAAAUGGGUCAGCAUGCAAUGGCAGGUGUGGCUGGAAAUCCUCAAGCGAUAGGAGGUCCAGGGCAGAUGCAGAUGCAGCAGAUUGCCCAGCAGCAGCAGUCCAUUCAGUUCCAGCAGUUCCAGGCACAGCAGCAACAGACAGCCAUGCAACAACAGCAACAGACGGCCAUGCAGCAGCAGCAGACAGCUAUGCAACAACAGACAGCCAUACAGCAGCAGCAGUUUCAGGUCCAGCAGCAGCUGAAGCUGCAACAGUUACAGCAGCAACACCAUCAGAAUCAACAGCUCCAACAGCAGCACCAAAACCAGCAGCAGCAGCAGGCCCAAAACCAGCAACAACAGAACCAGAUGCACCCAUCAAGGCUCCAGCAACAACAGCAGAUAGUUCAGUUACAACUCCAACAGCAGCAUGCCCAGGCCCAGGCACAAGCUCAAGCCCAGGCCCAAGCCCAGGCCCAAGCACAAGCCCAGGCGCAGUCCAUUCAGCACAUGGUCCAGCAGCAGCAGCAGGUUCAGGCCCAGUCUCAGCCCCAGGCGGCCCAGCUACCCCCCCACUCCCAGCAGCAGCAGGGCAUGGUGCCCCAGUCUCUCGCUGGACAGAUGACCACACAGCACGUGCCCAUCAGCUCGCUCAGUCAGCAGCAGCAACAGCUCAAGAUCCAAGCAUUGCAGGCUAGAGCGAUACAGCAGCAGCAAGUCCAGCAGGCUCAGCAGGCAGCGCAGCAAGCCCAACAGGCGGCAGCCCAGGCCCAGCUAGCUGCAGCAGUACCUGGACAGAUGAUGAUGCCCCGCCUUGGGAUGCAAAUUCCACCCCGGUUGCCCCGCGCUGCCCCGAACCCCGCCAUACCUCCAAACUCUGCUACCAUGGGAGGACAGCAAAUGCCACAGGUUCAGCAGCACCAGAUGAUGUCAUCGCCCUCGCCGGUACAGGUGCAGACCCCCCAGUCCAUGCCCCCCCCUCCCCAGCCACAGCCAUCCCCACAGCCCCCGUCCUCCCAGCCCAACUCAGUCAGCAGUUCUGGUCCCACACCGUCGCCAGGUGGCUUCCAGCCUAGCCCAUCCCCCCAGCCCUCGCAUAGCCCAGCCACCGCACGCACCCCCCAGAACUAUAGCGUCCCCUCCCCAGGACCCCUCAACACCCCAGGGAACCCCAGUUCAGUGAUGAGUCCAUCCGGGGCCAAUCAGCAGGAGGACCAGCAGUACAUGGAGAAACUCAAACAGCUGUCAAAAUACAUCGAGCCGCUGCGCAGGAUGAUCAACAAGAUAGACAAAAAUGAAGAUAGGAAAAAGGACCUGAGUAAGAUGAAGAGCCUGCUGAACAUUCUCACUGACCCCAACACAAGGUGUCCUCUCAGAACCUUGCAGAAGUGUGAGAUAGCACUGGAGAAACUGAAGAAUGAUAUGGCUGUGCCGACGCCACCCCCUCCACCUGUGCCCUGCACCAAGCAGCAGUACCUGUGCCAGCCCCUCUUGGAUGCCGUCAUGGCAAACAUCCGUUCGCCUGUCUUCAACCAUUCCCUGUACCGUACCUUCGCCCCAGCCAUGACAGCCAUCCACGGGCCGCCCAUCAUGGGCCCCAUCAUCGCGGCCCGGAAGAGGAAACACGAGGAGGAUGACCGUCAGACCAUCCCCAACAUCCUGCAGGGGGAGGUGGCCCGUCUUAAUGCCAAGUUCCUGGUCAACCUGGACCCUUCGUUCUGCAGUAACAACGGCACUGUGCACCUCAUCUGUAAACUAGAUGAUAAGAACCUGCCAAGUGUGCCGCCUCUCCAGCUCAGCAUCCCAGCAGACUACCCAGACCAGAGCCCUCAGUGGGCAGACGACGGGCAAGUGUAUGGUGCUAACCCCUUCCUACAAAAUGUUCACAGAAAUAUGACCUCCAAGCUCCUACAGCUCCCAGACAAGCACUCAGUGACUGCACUUCUCAAUACUUGGGCCCAGAGUGUCAGACAAGCCUGUCUUUCAGCAGCAUAGACAAGAAGCUCACCUCACCUGUCCAGCAUAAUUUAUCACUAAGACAGUGCAAACUGGAAGGAGUGGGCUACCACAUCUUGGAGCACCAGCUCUUCCCUAUCACUAGGGUGUGCUGCUGAGGGUUCUAUACAAACUGUAUUAUGAGAAGGACCAUUUGGGAUGAGUUAUGUAAAGAAUUUUGAGUUGAGAAAAUGUAUAAGAAAUAACUGAACAUGUUGCAGUGUAAAGCUUUGAAGUGUGUGUGUGUGUGUGUGUGUGUGUGUGUGUGUGUAUAUAUAUAUACUCAUAAGGGAUUUUUGUUUUCUCAUGAAUAAAAAUGUUUCUGUUCAUCUGUGUUUUCAUGCACCUAGAUACAGGUAACUUCCAAAAUAAAGGAAAGACUACAGUAAAUGAGUGAUACAAAGUAUAUUGAAAGCAGGUGCUUCCACAAUGGUGUGGUUCCUGAGUUAAUGAAUCAAUUAACAUCCCAUCACGUUUAGGGUCAUGUAUACAGUGCCCAGUAGCUCAUUGUUUUGGCUACUGUGGCUAGAAGUUACCUGUACAUCCAUAAAACAAAAUACAACUAACUUGACCAACAACGCCACACCAAAAUACAUUUAAUAGGGAGAAAUAUAAAUGUAUGUACAUUGAACUUAAACUUUAUAAAUUAGCAUUCAGUCAGUGGUCAUUUAUUGGAAGUCCUUCAAUGGCCAUGGUAGGAGUCUGUACUUUUGUUAGUGUGGGCUGGGCCUGCUGUACUGCUAGUCUCUCAAUGCAUUGUUUCUCAGCCUGAUCCUCUGGACACAUGACAUUUUUAACAAUGCUUUUUUAUAAUAAAAUGUAGUUCAUUGCA